AUGGAUAUGCCACCUACAUACUCACCGAUCAUUCGACCGGUUAUACAUCAACAACAUGCGGUGCCACCGUAUCUGUCACAUGACUUGUCGUCACCAUCGCCACUGUCCUCACCCUCAAUGUUAUCAAUGACGCCAAACAUUGGCAACACACCAACGCCGCCAGUUCUACUUUUGAACCAGACAUUCCUGCAUGUUAUGCAGCCAGUCGGGGACAGGGACAGGGACAACAAUCAACCAAUCUUCAUGCCUCUGAACAAUAAUAAUAACAAUCACUUCGUACUCAAUAACAUUAACAACAACAAUGCCAACUUGUUGACAACUACAACUACAACUACGACUACAGCCACUACUGCAGCAACAACAACCAACUUGAACAUCAACAACAACAACAAUAAUAAUAAUAAUAAUAACAAUGUAUUUAAUCAUAGUAUAUCACCUUCACUUACACCUACAUCUUUAAGUGUUCCGUCAACACCUUUGGUCGGGCCACUCAAUCAUCCGCCACAGUCAAACAAUGUUGCCGCCAACACAACACUGGCGCCACUCAAUCAAACACCUUUCGGAACAGUCAACACAUUACAUCUACAACAACAACCACAACCAUUACAACUACAACCUCAACAACAGAUGUCUACAACUACAACUACAACUACAACAAAUGGCAGUGCAAUACUUAGGAGGAUAGCAGUCAGCAAUAAUGUACAAAGAACAAUGGAGACUGAAGAACAGGUAGUACCAAGAGGCUCAAACUCACCUCUUAUAUCAUCUUGUAAGAAGAGAGUGAAACUAUGGUAG